AGGGGCGGGGCGAGCGGAGCCGAAGCGCCAUUUUUAAACAGCCGAGGCAACCGAUGCCCGCCUGAGGUGGCGGGUAAGCGAGGAAGGGAAGGAGGCAAGGGAGGGCCGGCGGGGCAGGGCUGCUCCUGAGGCGGUUGGCGCUGCCCGCUUGCUUCGCGGUUCUCGUUCUUUCGACGUAGGUCGGUCAGCCGCUUUCCUUCGUGGGGGUUGGGGGGGGGGCUGGAGGCUUCCCUUCCCCGCCCGCCUUUCGCCUUCGCGACGGCCCUCUGAGGUAGGCCGGUGAAGGAAGACCGGCGCCUCCCCCCCCCCCGCAAAAAAAAACCCCAGUCCCAGUGAGACGAAACACGGAAUAUUUUCAUCCAGGGCUUUUUCUUUUCUUUCCCCGCUAUCAGGAACUUUCUUCCCGCACCUCUCAGGUGGGCGCCAUUGCCAUUAUAAGGUAGGCGUUCACGGUAAUUUGGCCUCAAGGGAUUCCCUCAGGAGAGAAAGAGGUCUCGAUGACGGUGGCAGGCUUGUGCUGACAGCUUUAUUAACAUUGUCAUCUCAUUAACAUUCAGUCAGAAUGGACACUUUUCCACAUAUCCUUUCAUCAGUCGGUGGAAGUGGAGAUCUUAGCUCACAAGCAGAAGUACAAAAACUGUUAAAUGAUGAAAGAAUGCGGUGUGAACACCAUAAAAACAAUUACCAAACUCUUAAAGCAGAACAUGCAAGGCUUCAGAAUGAAUAUACAAAAUCACAAAAUGAGCUCAAACAGUUGUUACGUGAAAAGCAGACAGUUCAUGAUAAAUUUCAGUGUCUGCUCGGUGAAUUCCGAGAUGAAUUGUUGGAUAAAUCAAGAGAAGUAGAGGAGUUAAAGAAGCAGGUAAUUACUCCACAGAAGUUAGAGUUGCUUAAAACAGAAAUAAGAGACAACAUAGAAGCACCUCUGAAAGAGAACCUUCGAAAGCUAGAUAAAGAAGCAGAAAAAUGGAGAACAGAAUAUAACAAACUUCGCUAUGAACAUACUUUCCUUAAAUCAGAGUUUGAGCAUCAGAAAGAAGAACAUGCCCAUAUUUUAGAAGAGAACAAAUUAAAAUAUGAAUCUGAGAUAACGAGACUAGGCAAAGAUAAAGAAGAAUUGCAUAAUCAGCUGCUUAAUAUUGAUCCUACAAGAGAUGGCAAGCGUGUGGAAGCACUAUUAAGAGAAAAGGCUCAACUAGUUCAGAAAUUAAAGGGUUUUGAAGCAGAAGUAGCAGAACUAAGAGCUCAGAGGGAGAACUCUGGUAUGCAAGCAGAAAAUGUGCAAAGAAUACAGGUGCGACAGUUAACCGAGAUGCAAGCUACAACGCGAUCCUUGGAGGCUGAAAAACAAUCCCUUAAGCUGCAGCUGGAACGCAUUGAAAAGGAACUGCAGAUGAGCAGUGAGCAAAAUACGCUCUUAAGAAGCAAGCUACAUAAAGCUGAACGAGAGAUCAGUGCCUUGACAACUAAAGUUGAAGAACUUAAGCAUUCACACAAGUUAGAAAUAACAAACAUCAAGCUGGAAGCGGCAAGAGCUAGGACUGAGAUAGAAAGAGAAAGAAACAAGAUUCAAAGUGAAAUAGAUGGUUUACACUCAGAUAAUGAAAUACGUAAGAAAACACUUGAGCAGCACAAGAUGCUUUUAAUAGAAAAGGAUCGUGAAUUAGUACGCAAAGUACAAGCUGCAGAAGAAGAAGGCUUCCAAAAACUUGCAGCAUUACAGGAGGAAAAGUUAGAACUUGAAGCCAGAUUAUCUGAACUGGAGAAAAUCAAAGUGGAGCAAGAUACUCAGAGGCAGUUGGAAAAGGAUGAGUACAAAGAGAAGUUAUCUGCUCUGCAGGUGGCAGAAGAAUCCAGCAGAAGGGAAAUCAAGGAUCUUAGGCUAAAGAUUCAACAGCAAACUAUUCAUUCUGAGGAGCUUGAAAAAGAGAGAAGUGAAAAUGCUAAUCUAAAGGGGCGCAUCCAAGAUUUGCAACUCCAAGUGGCUUCUCUGUCACAGUCGGAGAAUAACUUGCUAGUUUCCAAUCAGAAACUGAAGGAAAUGGUGGAGAGAUUAAAACAUGAAUGUCAGAAUGCGAGAAGUCAAGCAGAAAGGGCUCAGUUAGAUUCAGAGAAAAAUUUGGAAGACAAACAUGUCGAAUGGCUAGAAGAAAAACAUAAACUCAUUCAGCGUAUUACAGAGGUAGAACAGAAGUAUAACCAGAUGAAAGAAAAAUUGCACCGGGCAGCAGUUGCUCAGAAAAAGAGGAAGACACUUAAUGACAAAAAGCAAAAGAAGUUACUGGAGAAGAUAGAGCUGUUGGAAGCCAAGAGAGAAGAACUGGAAACAGAAAACCAGGUGUUAAAUAGGCAGAAUGUUCCUUUUGAAGAACAUAUUCGCCUUCAGAAAAGACUAAAGGAUUUGCAGCGGAGACAUAACGAAUUCCGCAGGUUAAUUCUGUUUCCCAACAUCCCAGUGCUGAAUCAAGUAGGCUUAUUGUCUUCAACUCCGAUACCUGGAGCAGAGGCAUCCUUCCCUUUCUUGCCGGAGGAACAGCAUCAAAAAGAGCUUUCCCUGCUUCGCAAGCGCUUGGAAGAACUAGAAACCACCCAGAGGAAACAGCUGCAGGAGCUUGAGGCCUCUACUGAACGAGCUCGGUCAGUAAUAAGCACGGACUCAAACUCUGAUAGACAUAAGCUUGUUGAAGAGUAUGGUCUACCAGCUGGGGAUGCCAAAUAAACACUUGACUCUAAAGCAUCAUAUACUUUUUGUCCUUUGCCAAAAACACACCCAGAAGUGCCUUGAAGUAGAGGAUAGUCUGUAUCAUUUUCUAUAUUUUUAAUUAAUUGUUUUUUAAAAGCAACAACAGCAGUAGAAUUCAAGAAAAAAUGUGUGUGUUUUUUGUGCGUGUGUGUGAGAGCUCUUCUAGUUUGGAUUAUAGGAGGAGAUCCAUCAUGUUGCACUAAAGAUUUUUUUCUAACAAGACUUUUCUCAAGUCACUUAGGGAGUGCAGUAGCUGUGUGGAAAAAUCCCCCUUUCCAGUUUGACCAUGAAGUUCUCCAUCUUUCAUCAGUACUGUGAGCUUAAGACUGGCAUCAUGUAAUUAACAAGACUGAAACAACCCAAAACAUUAUUGGUUGAACCCUAACAACCCGAACAACUAAAGGCCGGUAAAAUUCUGGGAAUAUGAUCUCUGCCUUUAUAAAGUACUUUAUUAUCUGCACUUUAAUAUGAUUAUAAAGGAUAUCAGAAGUAACAAUCAAUAUUUUAAAAUGAUUAUGAAUUAUGAAUAUAUGAUUUUUACCUUUAUACAGAGAGAUGUGUGCGGUGCAAAACAAUUUUUGUUAACAAAAAAGUGAACAAAUCUAUUUAUUAUAAUAUAUUUUUGUAAAAUCUUCCUUGUUGUGUGUUAUUUACUUGCAGCAGUGGUGUAAGAGCACUGAUUUUCUUAUUUUAAUAUAGGGGUAGAUAAAUAUAGGUGUAGAUAAUUAAAAUAUAGGGGUUUUUUGUUCCUACCUAAGUGCCCUUGAUUACCAUGCAAAUAAUUAAAAAGGCACCUAGUUCCUUUUCUUCGUGCAACAGUGAAAAUACUUUUGUGUUGGCAUAUGUAUUGGAAGUUGCUCAGAGUUUCAUGCUGUUCACCUAAUGCCAACCAAUUUUGGGUUCUGUGUCUAAUGGGGAACAAGCCAUGCAGAAGAAUGGUCAUUUUUCUGGUGGUUCUAGAUAUUAUUUCAUAUCUGAAAUAAUCUCCUACUGUUUUGGAGACAGACUCAACACUGAUUGUAGAUGAACUAUGGUGGCUCUGCCCCUUCCUGCUCUAAUCUAGACAACUCUUGUCAAGCAGUCUUGUAUGACAAUUCGUUAAAUUAGUUUUCACAAGCAGUUUGGUUAAUCUUAAAACUAUCAGGUAAUCACAGAGAAUCCAAAAGCUAUGGUUAUUGUUUUGGGCUGUGGUAAAUUUUUGCUGUGUCUUGAGUAAUUGGGUAUAGGGAAGAAGUGGAAGAUUUCCUCAACAAACUGAUGUCUGGUGGAUGAAGAAAUCACCUCAAUUCCCGAGUCAUCGAUGAACAAGUAAAAGGAAUAUUCACAGUUCCUCUGACUGAUGCAAGAUACUACGGUUAUCAAGCCAAUCAAAGGUUCUACAAGCAACAACACAGCUUGACACCUACAUUAGUUUCAUAAGCUAAGGUAGAGGUUAAUAUCAGAGGUGCACUUUACAAAGCAGUUCCGUCAUGAAAAAAUAUCUGCAUUGUUCCUGGUAAGACAACUAUCCUAUAGUGUUGACCACUGUUUGUGACUCUUCCCAUUCAUUUGUAUUGCCUGCAGAAGUGACCUGCUAAUUUGCUUCCCAAUGCCAAGAUAGUUGUAUUAAUUUCAUUGUCACAGUCUGCACUUCUAGCAUUUCUAACCUGCCAACUCGGCAUAACACUUCAUGCUUCUGCUAAAAUGGACGGUGGGCCAUGAAAGCUUGUGUGUUAGUCUUUAAGGUGACCAAAGACUACUGUAGCUACCCCAGCUGGAAAACGUGAUGCAUGUAGUUGCAAAGCUAUGUAGAAUUUAUUUUGAUAAUCCUUCCAUUUAUCUACCAUUUAAAAAAAUAUAAACAACUGCAGGUACAAAAUAAAUCAGAGCACCCUUUUCUGCCUCAGAAGAGGAGUCAAUUAAAAAUAUCUUAAUACUUAGUGGUCCCUGAGUUUGUUUUGAAACUUGUCUAUUGUCUAUGCAGGGGGAAGAAAUGUUUAGAACAUACAUAGUGCUGGACACAGCUAUAGCAAUAGAAAAUUCCAGUGGGGUGUGAGCCAGCCAAUCCAUUCUGCAUGCUUCUCCACAAGAAGCCAAGGCACAGCAUGCUGUCAUACUUUCUGCAUAGGUGGGCAGAAACAAUGAAAUGAUACCUUAGAUUCCUGAGUUAAAAAUUCUUCUAGCUCCGAAGUGGACAAUGAAGUAUGAUUUGGUGAUGGCCCCUUGGCUAAGCAAGAAGGAUAUUAAAGGCCGGGGAGAAUAAAAAGGUCUGGCACUGAAAAGACAACCAUCUGUGGGGUGAACAUCAAGAAGGGCAACUUCCCAUUCAGCUCGGUCAGACAGCUGGGUCCCUUGAAAGAAGGUUACCCACAGUGUAUAGAUAGGUGCAUGUAGAGUAAUGAAGACUAUGCCUCAUG